CCCUGGAGAUUCUCAGAUUUUGAAGUAGAAACUAAGAAGAAGAAUUCAAUUCGAUGGAACAGCAACGGCGGGUUGAAACAUCGGAUAAUUCUUCUUCUUGUUCUUCUUCAACGACAUCGAAUGAUGAUUACAGGGAAAAUACAGUGAAAUCAUCGGCAAUGCCAUCCAAAUUUGUAUUGACGUAUGGGGAGAUGGCGGGUGCAUCCGCCGUCGUUUUGGGUUUCGCUGUUAGUCUCAUCGGAGUUUAUCUCUCCUUGCCGGAUUCUGACUACACCUUCCUCAAGCUUCCAAGAACGCUUGAAGAUCUCCAUGUCCUCCGGGAUAAUCUGGAGAGAUACACAUGUGACUACACAAUCCAGGUGCUUGUUGGGUAUUGCACAGUCUACAUUUUCAUGCAAACAUUCAUGAUUCCAGGAACUGUUUUCAUGUCUCUACUCGCCGGAUCCCUUUUCGGGGUCCUAAAAGGAUUAGCCCUCGUUGUCUUUGCUGCCACCGCCGGAGCAUCUUCCUGUUACUUUCUAUCUAAUUUGAUCGGCCGCCCUCUAAUCUUGUCUCUCUGGCCUGAUAAACUGGUUUUCUUCCAAAACCAGGUGGCGAAAAGGGAAACCCGGCUACUAAACUACAUGCUUUUUCUAAGGGUGACACCCACGUUGCCAAACGCCUUUAUUAACAUUGCAUCUCCACUUGUAAAUGUGCCUUUUCAUACGUUUCUGUUGGCAACUUCUCUUGGCCUCCUUCCGGUUGCUUUUAUCACCGUUAGGGCGGGAAUGGCACUUGGUGAACUACAAUCGCUUGGAGAUCUAUACGACAUGCAAUCAAUCAGCAUAUUGAGGAAAUCACAGGUGAGGGUAUCGAUGACGGGCUGAGGCAGACAGUUGGCAGUACCGUCGAUACCAUCGGGGAACAAUUCUGAGGAGGGGUGGUACCGCCAGAAGAAGUUGAUUGCGGGUUGUGGAACCCUCUCUCUCUCUCUCCAAUUAAUUGUAAAUCAUUGAUUAAGA